AUGGAGAAAUUGCGUAAUGUAUGUCAUUUGAUAGAGAGAGGAAAAUGCUCCGAAGUCAUAAGUAUAUCCUUCCGGGCUCCAUCGAGCGUCAAGACGAUUCCCUCCGAUGGGCCGUUCUAUGAGCCAAACACUAUGGCACCUGAAUUAACCAAAUCUGACAUUGCAGCCACUGCUCAAGCCAGGAGUGACGAUGAUGAAUUCGAUUUCAGCAAUGCGCCAAAAGUCCCUGACCAAUUCGCAGACGAGAGUUUCAAACUCUUCUCUAAGAUUCAAGUCACCGACCCAACGCCCGAAGAAGCAAACCAGAUAAGAAAGAAAUGUCUUUGGCGGAUCUUACCUUUCCUAUGUAUCGGAUAUCAUCUGAUGUAUGUAGAUAAGCAGACAUUAGGAAGUUCUGCCAUCCUUGGUAUCAUGACUGAUGCCCAUCUCAAUUCAAACCAGUACAAUUGGCUAUCCUCGAUAUUCUACUUUGGCUAUCUUCUGGCAGAAUGGCCUCAGAAUUGGGCAUUGCAGAAGUUUCCUGUUGGCAAAUGGUUGGCUGGAAAUUUGAUUAUUUGGGGCGGUAUCACCCUCUUGCAUAUCCCAUGCAACAGCUUUGCCUCUCUGUUUGUGGUUCGCUUCUUCCUGGGGCUAGCCGAGGCAUGCAUUGUCCCUGCAUUCUUGCUCUCCAUGUCGAUGUUCUUCACCUACGGCGAACAGGCCGUUAUGAUGCCUAUCAUGUGGUCUAUCGGCAAUGCAAGCCCUAUAACUUCUGGUCUAUUGUCGUAUGGUGUUCUGUGGAUCAAUACUGGAAGUUUCUCUCCGUGGAAAUGGUUCAUGGUUAUCACUGGCGUUCUUACGAUUAUCUUCGGUGUCUUUGUCUACUGGCUUUUCCCUGACAGCCCUCUUCAUGCCGAUUUCCUGACGUAUGAAGAGCGUGCAAAGGCCAUUCUACGAAUCAAAGAGAACCAUUCUGGCAUCGAGCAAAAGCUUUUUAAGAGAUACCAAUUCUUUGAGGCUAUUCAAGACCCUAAGACAUGGCUUUUCUUCCUCCAUGCUUGGUCUCAAGAAAUGGCCAAUGGAAUCACAAACCAGUAUUCUCUAAUCAUCAAUUCCUUCGGGUUUACGGUUCUUCAGACAACACUGCUGGGCACGGUGACAGGAAUAGUAUCUUUCUUUUCCCUUGGAUCCGCUGCCAUUGCGCUAUAUCACACCAAGAAUUGUCGGGCUUGGAUAUCUCUCGUUGCAUACAUCCCAGGUGCCUUGUCUAGCAUACUCCUUCUAGCCCUACCCUGGACAAACCGAUGGGGUCUCAUCAGCGGAAUCUGGAUCCGUUCCACGACUGGCGUACCCUAUGCCGUGGUCAUGAUUUGGGCUGCUAAUGCCUCUGCGGGACACACAAAGAAGACCACAGUAAUUGCUCUAUACCAUAUUGGCUAUGGUUUAGGAAAUAUCAUUUCGCCACAGCUUUUCCAGCCGCGUUGGAAGCCUCGAUACCGGCCAACAUGGAUCAUUCUGCUUGUGGUCGCAGCAAUCCUUCCUUCGAUAGUCAUCAUCAUCCUUCGGGUGUACCUGAGUCAGGAAAACAAACGCCGCGAUAAACUCGAAGCAACAAAACAGGUUAGCGGCAAUGGAAUCAUCGAGACGACUGACUCAGAUGGAGGUCUCGUAACGCGAGUAGUGGAUAAUAGCCAGAUGGAUCUGACUGAUAGAGAGAACUUGACUUUGUAA